GAGGAAAUUGAACAGAGAUCCAUGACGUUCAGUCUGAGGUUCCGUUUGUCCCCGAGAACUGGGGUUAGGUUUAUGAUUAUUUUCGAACUGGGGGUGUUUUAGCCGAUUUAAAUGACCAACAGAAAGAUUGGGCCAUCUGGGAGCAUCUGAACAUGGAUUAGAGGCUGCUCAGUGAGAUCCCCUCUGUGAUACUCUCAGCGUUAACAACAGGAUUCAGCCCAGGAUGGGACCGUUAGUCGGGUGUCCUUUCUCCAGCACACCGUGUUAAUUCAGUAGACACCGAGAGAGGGAGGGAGAGAGAGAAACGCAGGAGAAAGAGAGGGGGAGAAAGAGGAAAGAGGGAGGGAAAAAGAGUGAGUUACCCAACAGAGAGAGUGCAGGGUAUGGGUAACUGUACAAAGCCUUCCAUGAAAAACAAAAUGAAAAAGGACAGAGAGCUGAGACCAGAGGAGAUAGAAGAGCUUCGUGAAGCAUUUGUGGAGUUUGACAAGAACAAAAAAGGUUACAUCAGUUACAAGGACCUGGGCGAGUGCAUGAGGACCAUGGGAUACAUGCCCACGGAGAUGGAACUCAUUGAACUGGGCCAGUCCAUCUGUGGCGGCAAAUUGGACUUUGAAGACUUUGUGGAACUGAUGGGCCCCAAGAUGCUUGCAGAAACGGCAGAUAUGAUCGGAGUGAAGGAACUCAGAGAUGCAUUUAAAGAGUUUGACUCCAACGGUGACGGUCAGAUUAGUAUAAUGGAGCUCCGGGAAGCCAUGAAGAAGCUGAUGGGGGAGCAACUGACCAACAGAGAGAUCGAUGAGAUCCUCCGAGACGUGGACCUCAAUGGCGACGGACUAGUCGACUUUGAAGAAUUUGUUCGUAUGAUGUCACGUUGACGCGUGUGAAGAGUGACAUAAUAUAACAGCUGGAUAAAGGGACCACAUUACGCUGUAGUGAGAUCUCUUGAUUUGCUCUUAACAUUUUGUAAAUAUAUUUUCGUUAAGUGAACACCAAACGGAACUCUACAAAAUCUUAACAAAUAAAAAAACAUAUGGUGGCGAUCUAAAUUCAAACUACAGAUUAUUUGUAACAAAUCAAAGAUGUAUUCAAUGUAUGUUCUCUUUAUGUUCUUUCCUUUUGGAAAAAAUUUUUUUUUGAUAAAUUAAUGUUUAUCUCUUCACUGUAUAUGGUUGUAAAAAAAAGUUGUACCUGAACUGUAAAAUUAUUUUCAAA